AUGGCUUCUUCCUCCAGAGCCAUGAGCUCCCUCCGCGCAGCCCAAUUCGCGCCGAAAGCCUCGCGUGCCGCCAACGCCGGUCGCAGAACCCUCACCACCACCUCCAGACAGUCCCUCAGAACCGUCGCGGCGAGGCCAAGAGUCGCUGCUGUCCCCCAGAUCAGGACCGUUGCGCGCCAGUUCCGCCGGGACUACGCCGAUGUCGCUCCCAAGAAGCCCGGCAAGGUUCGCAAGACCUUCAGAUGGGCCUGGCGUCUGACCUACCUCUCCGCCUUGGGCCUCGUCGCCUACGUUGGAUACGUCGUCUACGACGACAGACAUCCCGAGGAGCAGGUCGAGCUCGACCCCAGCAAGAAGACGCUCGUUAUCCUUGGCACCGGCUGGGGAUCUGUCUCCCUGCUGAAGAAGCUCGACACCGAGAACUACAACGUCGUCGUCAUCUCGCCCAGAAACUACUUCCUCUUCACCCCUCUUCUCCCCUCGUGCACGACCGGCACCAUCGAGCACCGCUCCAUCAUGGAGCCCAUCCGCGCCAUCCUCCGCCACAAGAAGGCCCCCGUCAAGUUCUACGAAGCCGAGGCCAGCUCCGUCGACCCCGACAGGAAGGUCGUCAAGAUUCUGGAUACGUCGGAAAUUAAGGGCUCCAUGUCCGAGACUGAGGUCGCCUACGACAUGCUCGUCGUCGGUGUCGGGGCUGAGAACGCCACCUUCGGCAUCCCCGGCGUCCGCGAGAACUCUUGCUUCUUGAAGGAGAUUGGUGACGCCCAGGCCAUUCGCAAGAAGAUCAUGGACUGUGUCGAGACCGCCGCCUUCAAGGACCAGUCCGCCGAGGACGUCAGCCGUCUCAUGCAUAUGGUCGUCGUCGGCGGUGGCCCCACCGGUGUCGAGUUCGCCGGUGAGCUUCAGGACUUCUUCGAGGAGGACAUCAAGCGUCUGGUUCCCGAGAUCGCCGACCGCUUCAAGGUCACUCUGAUCGAGGCUCUUCCCAACGUCCUGCCGUCCUUCUCCAAGCAGCUCAUCGAGUACACCGAGAAGACCUUCAAGGAGGAAAAGAUUGACAUCUUGACCAAGACCAUGGUCAAGAACGUCACCGACACCCACGUUCAGGCCGAGGCCACUGGCCCCGACGGAAAGAAGCAGACUCUCAUCAUCCCCUACGGUCUCCUUGUCUGGGCCACCGGCAACGCCGUCCGCCCCAUCAUCCGCGACCUCAUCUCCAAGAUCCCUGCCCAGAAGGACUCUCGCCGCGGGCUGGCCGUCAACGAGUACCUUGUCGUCCAGGGUACUCGUGACAUCUGGGCCAUUGGCGACUGCGCCGUGGCCGGAUACGCCCCGACUGCUCAGGUUGCCGCUCAGGAGGGCAGCUUCCUCGCUAGACUCUUCAACAACAUGGCCAGGACUGAGACUGUUGAGGCCCGCAUCCAGGAGCUCAGCAAGGACCUCAACCUGAAGCCCGGCAAUGCCGCCGAGGCUGCCAAGGAGAUCGAGGCCCACGAGCGCCAGCUCCGUCGCAUCAAGGACAUCAAGCCCUUCCACUACUCUCACCAGGGCAGCAUGGCCUACAUUGGUAGCGAGAAGGCCGUCGCUGACGUCAGCUGGUGGAACGGCAACAUUGCCAGCGGUGGCAGCAUGACCUACCUCUUCUGGCGCAGCGCUUACCUCUCCAUGUGCUUCAGCACUCGUAACCGUCUGCUCGUCGUCAACGACUGGCUCAAGUCCAAGGUCUUUGGCCGUGACAUCUCGAGAGAAUAA